GUGGCCGUGAAGCGGCUUCCUCCGGCGGCGGAUUGAUGAGCAAAGCGUGGCGGAGGGCAGAGGGCGGCGGCGGCGGCGGCGGGAGGAUGGAGGGGGCCGGCCGAGGUGAUGAGGAUGAGUCUAACAAUCACGGGUCCCACAAGAAGAAACACAAGAAGCAUAAGAAGAAACACAAGAAGAGACAUCACCGCGAGGACGUGGGCAUGGCCACUGUGGAGAUGGGAGUUGCGCUCCCCAAGCCUCAGCUGAAACUCAAAAUCAAGCUAGGGGGACAGGUCUUAGGCACCAAGAGCGUGCCGACAUUUACUGUCAUCCCUGAGAGGCCACGAUCCCCCUCCCCGCUCAUGGUUGUGGAUGAUGAGGAUGAGCCCAUGGAGGGGGUUCCCAUUGAACAAUAUCGAGCAUGGUUGGAUGAGGACAGCAACUUGGAGCCAUCUCCUCUGCCGGAGCUUGAUGCAGAAAUGGGCUUUCCAGCUCGGGAGGAGGAGGAGGAACAGCGCUGGCUGGAUGCCCUAGAGCGUGGGGAACUGGAUGACAACGGGGAGCUCAAGAAGGAGGUGGAUGAGUCCCUGCUCACAGCUAGGCAGAAAGCCCUCUUGCACAAGCAGCAGAGCCAGCCCCUGCUGGAGCUGCCGAUGGGCUACAAGGCCAAGGAGCUGACCGAGGAGAUGCUGGUGAAGCGGGAGGAGCGGGCGCGCAAGCGGCGCCUCCAGGCUGCCAAGAAGGCCGAGGAGAACAAGAACCAAACCAUUGAGCGCCUCACCAAGACCAGCAAGGCCAAAGUGAAGACGCUGCGUGAGCGCAAGGCCAGAGGGGUGGUGGCCCCCACGGUCUGCUACCGCAGCGCCGCCAACGGCAUCACGGUGUCCUUCCCUCCGGGAGCCACCCUGCCCCUGCUGCCCUCCCUCCUGCCUUCUGCACCAGCCCCCACCCCUUGCGGGGUGAGUGGCUGCGCCCACCUCAAGCGGUAUUCCUGCUCCCGCACGGGGGUGCCUCUCUGCAGCCUGGCCUGCUACAAGAAGAACCUGCUGCUCCAACAGGUGGCAGCCUAGCGCCAUCGCCCUCCACGCCUCGGAGGCCGUGGGCCAGACGGGGCUGCUCAGGAGACUCUCGGGGCCUGGGAGGAUGUGGCCUUCUCCCCCAGGCGGAGGCGGGCUUGGGCAGGCCGCUGGUCCCGCCCGGCUGAUGGCAACGAACACAUUUGUCCACCCUCAGGGAUGCCAGACAGGGGCCUCACGAGCCUUGCUGAGCGGAUGGGCCACGGCCUCUCAAACGGGCUGCGAGCGAGACAUGGCCUUUGAUGGCAGCAGGCACCGGGGUGCUAAGGGAUGCGCUCCUCCCCUGGAUGGGGCCAGGCGGGGCGUGCGCUGCUUGCCACUCACUCCCCUUUAGACAGAGGCAUGAGGUCCACGUCAGCGUAGCAGCUGCAGCUGCUUUGUGGUGGCGCCGGAGCUGAUAGGGGGCAGCAGCCUGUGCCCUUUACCGCUGGGACGACGUUGGCCUUGAGAGAGCGAGAGAGCGCAGGGGACGAGUUCAGCAAUCUCGCUCGGCCUCUUCUGCACUCCUUUCCCUUCCCAGUCAGAAGCAGGUGCUUCGCCAGUUCUUUUUUCAGCUGCAGGCUGCUGUGCGAGGGCAGGAAGGGAUGGAUGGUACUCUUGGGCCCCGUGCCCAAUCAGCUAGGCCUUGCAGAAGAACAUGGUCUCAUUGCUCAUGUGUAUAUUUGUUGUGACAUUAAAGACAUAGUAAAGGUUUCCUGGA